AUGACUUUAUUUUUUGAAAAUUUUACGGAAAUUGGUGGCGUGACAGAAGCUCCGAGCUCAACUGUUAUUCAAGGCUUCGAGCUGAGCCACGAAAUUGGUGCUGGAGCGCAGGUGGCCUCCGAGGUUUACCUGACGUCAAGGCUCCGAGCUGCUCUGGCACUAAUCCUGUUGGGGCGCAGGUGGUUGCCUCCGAGGACAAAUCAGAAUCAUUAUCUGAAUACCUCCCUUGUAGAUGACGAUGAAGAUGACAAGACAAGUAAAAUUUCUACAAAAUCUAAUGUAAUGGAUAAUACUCAUCCUGGCGAAAUGCCAUUCUGUGCUGAAAUUGUAGCGGACAAAAAAAGGAAAAGAGAGAAUGAUGACCUUGCGUGGAUAGAGGAAAACUGCCUAUCAUUAUUAUUUGACGAAGCAAAAGAGGAGAUUUUCAUUGAGAGCAUUGAGAAAAACAGUUUGGCAGAAGAAGAAAAAUUGCCAUUAUUUAAUACACCAUCCAAACACGCACUCUCUAUUGGCGGCAAUUUCCUCAAAAUUUUCAAUCAAAAAUUCCCAAAACCCGUCGAGUCAUCAC